ACUUUCAAUUACAAAUUUCAGUCUUCACUUUAUCUCUCACUCUCUGUGUCUCUUCUCUCUGCCUUCAGCAAUGGCGGCAGUUUCUUCGGCCAAGCCCACUCCGAUCUUGAAAGAUGAGUUGGACAUCGUGAUCCCCACGAUCCGGAACCUUGAUUUCUUGGAGAUGUGGCGACCAUUUUUCGAGCCUUACCACUUGAUCAUCGUCCAAGACGGUGAUCCCUCGAAGACCAUCAAUGUCCCUGAGGGUUUUGACUACGAGCUCUACAACCGAAACGACAUUAACCGGAUUCUGGGUCCCAAAGCCUCUUGUAUUUCCUUCAAGGACUCUGCUUGUCGUUGCUUUGGUUAUAUGGUUUCCAAGAAGAAGUACAUCUUCACGAUUGACGACGACUGCUUUGUAGCCAAAGACCCAUCUGGGAAAGAGAUCAAUGCACUUGAACAGCAUAUAAAGAAUCUGCUGAGCCCAUCAACUCCGACAUUUUUCAAUACCCUUUAUGAUCCAUACAGAGAGGGUGCAGAUUUCGUCCGCGGAUAUCCUUUCAGUCUACGGGAGGGAGUUAUUACUGCGGUGUCUCAUGGUCUCUGGAUGAACAUUCCUGAUUAUGAUGCUCCUACUCAACUGGUGAAGCCUAGGGAGAGAAACACUAGGUAUGUAGAUGCAGUUCUCACAAUACCAAAAUCAACCCUCUUCCCCAUGUGUGGUAUGAACCUGGCCUUCGACAGGGAGCUCAUUGGACCAGCUAUGUACUUUGGACUCAUGGGUGAUGGUCAACCAAUUGGGCGAUACGAUGACAUGUGGGCUGGCUGGUGCAUGAAGGUCAUUUGUGACCAUUUGGGAUAUGGAGUCAAGACUGGUCUACCCUACAUAUGGCACAGCAAAGCCAGCAAUCCAUUCGUUAACCUUAAGAAGGAGUACCUUGGUAUCUUCUGGCAAGAAGAGACGAUCCCAUUUUUCCAAAAAGUUGCACUUCCUAAGGACUGCACCACUGUACAGAAGUGCUACAUUGAACUCUCCAAGCAAGUCAAGGAAAAGCUUGCCAAGGUUGAUCCUUACUUCGACAAGCUUGCAGAUGCUAUGGUGACAUGGAUUGAAGCUUGGGAUGAGCUUAACCCUCCUCAGGCUGAGGGAAGCUCUGACAAGGCUACCAAGUAAACUCAGUCUCUGUUUUUUUCUUUCUUGAAGCUCUGUCUAAGCUUAUAGUUAUUCUUUUCUUAACUUGCUAUAUUGCUAUUUGUUGUUUUUAAACGCUAUCGUUUUUGUCAUUAUUUAUUAUAUUUAUAAAAAUAUGAUUUGAGAAGCUUCAGAACC